AUGGGACCGAAGGCUGACGACAUCCUAUCAUCCUUAAAAAUUACCAAUGGUAAAAAGUGGCAGCCAGUUAAAGAAGCACUGUCAAAGUACUUUAUUCCCAAAAGGAACUCUAUAUUUGAGCGAGCUAAAUUCAACCAAAGAAAGCAGAAGGAGGAUGAAACUGCCGACAGUUUUAUCACGGCCCUUCAUGUUCUCGCCGAAUAUUGUGACUAUGGCGCCCUACAUGAUGAUCUCAUUCGAGACAGGAUAGUAGAUGGACUGAGGGACAGGAAAUCAGAAAAGAAACAACUUGAUUCCAAACUUAGUCUUGAGUCGGCAAUAUUAAUGGCCAGACAGAACGAAACAAUCAAGAAGCAACAGCCAGUUGUGAGAGGAUCAACAACCCCAGAAGUAGCUAUUAACAACAUGGACGCAGUGAGAUUCCAUAGGAAAAAAGUAAAUCCAAGACAGCCAGUCCGGACAACUAAUAAAACCAAUUCCACAGGCUGUGGCAGAUGCGGAAACACGACAGUACAUCCUCGAGACAAGUGUCCUGCCCGAGAUGCUAAAUGCCAUAAAUGCGGAACCAAAGGACAUUUUGCUAAAGUUAAAUUUGUCGCAAAGCAAAUAUAG